GGAGCCAGCCAACGCAGUGUUAUCAUUUGAAGAAAAGAGUUUGUCCCAUAUAAGCACGGUGAAAUUAACCAGGAUAAGAGGUUUUGGCUUAUCAGGUUAUAGAAGAUUAACUGAUAAAUCAGCCAAGACAACACCUAAGCAACCUUUACUCGUCGGAAAAACCAACCCACCCACGGAUGUGUCUGUACUUGGGAGUUGUGGAGCACCUACUGGAUGUGGUGGCCUACUGCAUGUGUCGUGUCCUGGAGCUCUCCUUGUUCACCUGCAUGAUGGUUUGCGGAUCCCUGAAGGCCAAACUGACCCAUGGACCCACCAACGAGCUGGAACAAUGACCAGGACACUAUGAGAGUUGCUAAAAAGGAUGCGCUCAAUGCAUAUGUGUGUGUGUAUGUUUUGUAUGUUAUUUGUGUGUGUGUGUGUUUUGUUUCAACUAAAAUUUAAUAAAGGAAACUUUUCUAGUGGCGAAUAAAUUACGACUUAUAUG